AUGUACACUGAUAAUAAUAAUAAUAAUAAUAAUAAUAAUAAUAAUAAUAAUAAUAAUAAUAAUAAUAAUAAUAAUAAUAAUAAUAAUAAUGAAAAUAAUAUCCCACUAGCAUUAAAACUAACGAAAGCUGAUCGAGAAGAUGUAAAAAGUUUCAUUAAUCGAUUAGAAUUUGAUAGUGCAAAUCAAACACUUGAAAAAUUAAUUGAAGAUCUAUUCGCCAAGUUAAAUGUAGCGGAAAAUGAACUCAAAUCAUUAUUAAUCGAUUUACAAGAAACUAUGGAAAAUAAAUUAGAUCGUGAUGAAAUGGAACAAUUAAGAGAAUGGUUAGAGAAACGAUUUAAAUCAAUAAAUAAACGUUUGAAUUCAUUUACACAUGAUACAUCACCAACUAGACAAAUAACAGAUGAUGCUGCUGGUUUAAAACGUAGUCUUAUGCAACAUUAUCAUUGUAUAUCAUGUGAUCGUCCAUUAGAGGUUGCUUUAAGUCAAGAAUAUUUAGGCAGUUACCCAGCUGAUAGUCGAGGAUUUCCAAUGAAUAAAUCCAUACGACCAUAUACUACAUUCGAUUUGGAAAGUUUACGUCAUCAAAUACAAACAUAUAAUUGUAAUUAUUAUGAUGUUUAUGGUGGUACACCACGUCAAAAAUCACGUGCAACAACGUGUAAAAGCUCUCUUCAUGAUGGUGAUGUCACAACAAAGUCUUCCAUUCCAUAUACUCACAGAGAAACUCUUAAUUUACAAGGUAUGGAUGGUCAUAUCUAUCGUGGUUCGCCAAUACAAGAAGGUCAACAUUUAGUAAAUAAUAAUGAUUUGUCAGCAGGGAAAGAUGAAGAAAAUUUAGAUAAAGAUUCUGAUCGAAAUGAAAAGCUACCACCAGUUUCAAAGUCAAGUCGUUAUGUCAAUACAGUAACAGCACGACCUCAAGUUGCUUAUAAAUAUAUCGGUUCAGAGAGACGUGAAAAAAGUCAAUCACCUCAACGUAUAAAACGUGUUAAUUCAGAUGAAUUUUCAUUAAAACAAUUCAAUUCAAAUGGAAUAGAACAUUUACCUCAAUUAAUAAUUGGUUCAACACAAUUACCUAAUCAACGUCAUCGUAAAAUUCCAUUAAAUCAAUCAAAUUCUAAAUUAAUUAAUGAACAUAUAUCAGUUAAAUCGAAUGGUUAUGCUGUAAUUGUUGUACCAAAUACUGGAACAAUAGAACAAGAAACUCCAGAGUUGAAAACAGAAAAUGGUUGGAUUGCUGAAAGGUUGAACAAUGAAUUAAAUGAAGAUUCAUCUCCAACUGGUAAAGAGAAGCAUAGUUCAACUUAUCCAAGUCCAGCCACAAAUGAUAAUGAUGAAGGAGAAGAGGAAAUAGAACUAGUUACAAUAGAACAAACUUCACCAGAUGUGAAUAUUACAGUAGAUGAUAUCUCCAACUAG